UUAGCCAUUAUUAUCAAAAUUUAAGUUAUUUUAUUAAUUUUCGUGUAAAUUGUCAGUAUUUUUUUACAAUGGGGAAAUUUAAAAUGCCUACAGUGCAAAAAUUCUUAGAAAAAAAGUUCUUAUACGAUCCCAAAAAAGAUCCGCCAUGGGUCUAUUUAGAAAAGGAAAUGGUAGCGAAUCUCGAUAAGAAACCAUACAAUGAGAAAGUGGGAGAAUGGCUUAAGUAUUUAAAAGAUUUGAAGUAUCAUUAUCACUGCGAAGAAAAAAGAAAACUAAGAAGGCUUAAUUAUGAAGCUGGGCCUCCAUGGUAUAUGGAACUUUCGAAUGCCCAACGGCAAGUCCUAGCUGGUUUGAAGGCUAGCAUCCAUCAGGAUUUACUUGAGGACCUGCCUAGUCGGACUCGGAAAUCCUUAUCAGACCUUGGUAUUACCUUGAAGAUAUCUAAAAACAUGCUCAUGAAAGCCAUGUUAGAAAGUGUCGAAGACGCGGGUAUUUUUAUUUGGAAUCUUUAUACCGCGUUAUACAAAUCUCCGCCCAGUGAGGCAAGAACAACGUACAGCAUGAACGCAAUGAUUAUGUUGUCGUCUCUAGUAUGCAUCGACUUAGAGGAGUGUAUAAGUAGGCUGGAGAAAUUGGUGAAGCUUAAGAAACGCCCGCCACCGCCACCACCGAAACCUCAAAAGAAGAGCUACACGCCAAACUGUCGAUACGGUCAAUAUUUACAGCAAAUGUAUGUACCAUUUUAUUGCAAGCACCCUUCUGGUAAUGAAGAACCGCCGCCACCACCAGAACUUGAUUAUAAAUUUCGCUUAAGAAGCGAAGAGAGUUACACUGCUCUGUGCAAGGAUCUCUCCUUUAUGGCAAAAAGAAAAGAGAGGAAUAAGAAAGAACAACAAUCGGAAAGGGUGUGUAAUUAUAAAUUCUGGGAACCACCGAGUACAUUGCGAAACACCGACCCUAAAAUGGCAGCUUACGUCAACAAGUUGAAAAUGCUCAAGUUAAAAGCAAAACAGAAGUAUAAAACUCCGUACAGAAACGUCCAGUUUCACGUAGCUGGAGUUUCAUUCACGGGUGGAAGACCCAACUACUUAUUGGCUAACGUUGCCAUCCUUCCCACGGGAUACAUUCCGAUCAACGCUGGAGUGGUGGCCGUGGGCGCGGAGUUCGUGACUACCAUCGCUGGUUUCUGGAAGUUCCCUAGGGACAUGAAGAGAAAGUGCGAUGCCAAGUGCACCUGUUUGGCUAAAUGGGAGAAACCAGUGAUGGACUACAUACAAGAGUCAAAAUGUAAAUGCGGACAUCUUUACGACUUUCACCAAGAAGGGAAAGCGGCUGAAAAAUAUUUCUAUCCGGCUGGUAAACAUGGACCUUUUUGGAUAGACAAGGCCAAAGUCUUCCAGAUGGAUCCAAUGGAAGACUUCGUAAAAGAGACAGUCAGAUUGGCUGUCAAGUCUGCAGAACCAACGCCGGUAAAUUCACAGCCUACAAUAUCAGUUUCUGGACUAAAAGUAAAAGAGCUCUUGGCUGCGUUUUUAGCAGAUCUCUCGGAUACACCUUUAAUAAUACCACAUUUACCAAGAGCAUACUUAUUAAACAAUCUACAGGAGUGGGUAAGAAAACGAAUAAAUGGCAAUCUUACUGCUGUUGAUCAUAAACAAAUGAAAUUAAUAUCUCUGCGGAGAUGGCUCGAUUUAAAACAUGUCGACUUCCGAGCCCGAGCUGGCAGGAUUCCAUUCACGGCGAAACAUUUGGAACGAAUGAAUUGGGCCUAUCGAAAACAAGUGCAAGAAUUGUUCGUAUUCUUAUUGAAUGAUUUCUCAACAAGAAAUAGAUUGAAGCAAGUUCACCAAACACGUUUGUGGUGGCCCACGAUGAAGUACGACGCUUAUCCGAAUAAACCUUUCCUGGACAUAUUUUUUACGUACAUGGCCGGAAGAAUGAAGGAUACUUUCAUAGUAAACCCCUACAGUUCUGAACUUACACCAAAGUAUGGGGCUAAGACUUGUCCCCUAAAAUAAAUGUAGAGACAACUUUAUGAAUUAUAAUAAUAAGGUUCUAUUAUUUGUUUCGUCUCGUAUUGUUAAUCUCUGAUAAUUUGUAUAUGUACUUUAUUUUAUUGUUCACUGAGCACAGUAUUAGUAGAGUGUGUUUAAGUACUUUUUGUGUUGGCAAAGUACGUUUAGAACUAUGUAAAAGUAAAAUUGUAAAAAAUAUAUAUCAAUUGUUUUAAAAAUGAGACUAAUUAGGUGUAACUGUAAAAAUAUUUUUUUUGUUAUGUAAAAUUUAAAACUGAUAAUAUAUAAAUGUAGAAAAAUAUUGCAAAAUGGAAAAA